AUAACCUUCCAUAUACUGUCUUACCCGAUUUGACUUGCCUCUUAUUUCAGCAUGGAUUGGUUCCUUGGCAUACGGCCUUUCGAUGACCUUCAGUCCAGUUACUAGUCAACUGCUUAACCGAUAUAGCUAUAGCAGGGUUAUGAUGGCCGGAGGUUUAUUUUGCAUGCUCUCACUUAUUGUGUCGUCAUUUGUAUCCUCCGUGGUCCUGUUGUACCUUACUUUCUCCGUGUUUUACGGUAUCGGAACGUGCAUGUGUACGGCACCAACAAUGACUAUUACCCCGGAGUACUUCGACAAAUACAUGAGUAUAGCAACUGGCAUAACAGUGUCGGGCAGUAGUUUUGGAACACUCAUUAUGGGACCACUGUCACAGAUUAUUAUCGAAAAGGCCGGUUGGAGGGCUGCGUUUCGUAUCUAUGCCGGCUUUAUAGUUAUAACUAUUAUACUAAACUCACAAAUCAAGGCUCCCCCAACGAUAGCGAAAAGGAAAGCAGAAGGCCGCAGCUUCAUCAAGGACCUUCAGAUCUGGAAAAGUAGAGUUUUUGUAAUUUGGACAAUCGCGAUCACUCUGGUCAUGUUUGGUUUCUACAUACCGUAUGUACAUCUGGUAUCUUACGCGGUAGAUCGAGGUAUAUCACCGGAUACGGCAUCCUUGCUGAUGAUGAUCCUUGGUGCUACUACUGCAAUAGGCCGUAUUAUGUUCGGAAAAAUCGUGCAGCUCGGGAUACUUAAUCGUCUACACAUGCACCAGUUGUCAAUGGUUGUGACCGGCACGGGGGUGAUGGUCCUGCCACUCAUCACGUCUUAUACAGGAAUAGUUUUAUAUGUAAUUACCGUUGGACUUGUGGAUGGUUGUUUUGUGGUUUUACUGCCGAUCAUGACAGCUUCACUGAUUGGAAUAGAGAAGAGUGUUGUAGCUUGGGGUUUUCUAAUAGGCACCUGUUCCGUAACCUUUACCCUCGGUCCGCCGGUCGCAGGUGCAUUGUACGAUGCGACUGGUUCAUACAACGUAGCAUUUCAUUGUGCGGGGAUACCGAUCGUGGCAGGGGCCGUGCUGUUGUUCCUUAUACCCUGGGCUCAGCGAACAUCUAGAGGCACAAAUGCUCUGAGCGCCCUGACAGAAAUAACUCUGCAAGCAUCUAGUCAAGAUGGCCCAAGUGGUGUCUAUCGUACGGAUAGCACGGGUACGAUUUGUGCAGAGGAGAAACUCGUGAACUCCGUGCAUAUCGGUUCCAUGUCCAAUGCAGCUGUACAGACAAUGGUUUCAUCUUCGAUCAUCAUGAGCUAUGCAGAUAAAUCCACAUCUACCGAAGAUGUCUCCAUACACCAGAUUUCACUAGAUGUGGCCGACGCUCUCUCCCAACUCAGUUACACUAGUCGUGUAUUUGACGACACAUUACUGCGAUCUCUGAGUAGUGGUCAAAGCCAUCAUGGAGGUUCGACAAGUUCUAACGAGAUACCUAAGAUUCCUCCUCCAUCUGAACCAGUCAGUUUUCAGCGAAAAGCAGACAACAGAACUGAAACAAAAGGAUCAUCUGUUCACUCAAUUUCUAGUCAACUAAGUUCUCAGAGUGGUCAGACAAAUGAACAGGGACCUCUUCAAAUAUCCAUUGCAUCUGAUUCUGUGAAGUCUGGACAGAGCUCAACACACCCAUUAACCGGUUCCAUACCUUCAGAACACGGUGCCUUAGGAACGACAGCGACUUCCGGCUCCAUUCACUCAGAACACAGCUUAUUCAAACCCACCGCCAUCUCCUCUCAAUCAGCUCAUACUGAAUCUGCAGAUGUCUCCAUCUCAUCUGCCAGUCAGUUGUUUGCCUUACCAAUCGAUCCAUUACAACCUACAAGACUAAAGCAGCCAAGCCCAAAACAGGGCUCGGUGAGUAGCAGCCAAUCCAUUGUAGGAGGGGAUCUUUCUAAGCAAUCAAGUAACUUUGACCAGACUAUUUCUGACCAAGUCAACAUGCUCAGGGACACUUUAAAAAGCCCCACUCCAUGUUCCAGUAAAAUGGAAGAAGCUGGAAAAACAGUUAGUUCCUUUAUAGGCAGUCGUCCAACAAGUCCAUACAUUUCAGGACAAGCUAAUGUUUCUACUUCAGGAAAUAUUACGUCCCCUUGUUCAAAUAAAUCUGGGGCAAAAUCUGAACAUUCCAACCCUUUCCUUCAACCUGAGCCUGGUCCCUCUAGAAGUGAGGCCAGUCGGCUUAUACAGGAAGCCAUGCAAGCUGAUGAUACAAAGUUAGGUGGAGACUCUAAACAAUCAAGCGAGACUGAUACACAGUUAGGCAAUAACGAAUUUGACCAUGAUAAUCAACUGACUGUUAUUCCAGCUACAAACCGAUUUGCAUCAAAGAAGUCUAGUCAGAGUGGUUCCAAACUAGAGGAAUUAUUCAAACCAAUUACAGAGGAGGAAAACAUCCAGAAAAAGUUAUCAUAUGAAGUGGUGAAUACAGAUUCUGGAGAUCAGGUACAACAAACACAGAGUCAAACUGGAGAGCUUGAUGUGUUUACCCAUUUAUUUCAAGAUGACGAGGCAUAAUAACAUGGAGGAAAGUAGCACCAGUCACAGCCACAGCAACUAUAAGAUUCACCAAAUAAGUCAACUGACACAACAUAUUACCACAGAGUUUGGAAUGAAUGCAUUAAAUAUUGUGUACACUUGUAAACAUUUCUUUCACACAGUAGCUUCCGCUACUGUUUGCAUGUGAAACAAAACUUAUAGAGGAACCGUACUUGUUGAACAUACUAAUAUGCUAUGUCAGAAAACAUUCUGAGUUUUAGUUUCAUGCCUGA